AUGGCAUCCUUCGAAUCGUUUGAGGAUCAGCCGCAUCAAUCGCCAACGACGGGACCCUUCGACGAUGAUGGCAGCUACACCGACAUGGAUUACGAUUCUCAGGCUCAUCACCCUUACGGUUUCACUCAUUCUGACGAUGAUCACCACCCUCACCAUCCAAACAACAACUUCACUGACAACAACAACAACCCACAUUCUCCACCCGUUUACGGCUUCGGGGUUUCCACCCCUAACCCGGAUUACGUUUCGCCAUUUGAAACCGACGGAGCCACCGACGACGGAACCUUUACUUCCGAUGGCCCUGUUCUGCCGGACCCCACUCAAAUGCAGGAGGAAGGCUUUGCAAGACGCGAAUGGCGACGUAAAAAUGCCAUUCAUCUUGAGGAAAAGGAGAAUAGAGAGAAGGAGAUGCGAAAUCAGAUUAUAAAGGAAGCUGAAGAUUAUAAGCAAGCUUUCUAUGAGAAAAGAAAGAUCAACUGUGAGACAAACAAAGCGAACAACAGAGAAAGAGAAAAGAUAAACUUGGCCAACCAAGAGAAAUUUCACAAAGAAGCUGACAAACAUUACUGGAAAGCAAUAGCAGAGAUCAUUCCUCGUGAGGUUCCUAAUAUUGAGAAGAGGAGAGGGAAGAAAGAAGCUGAGAAUAAGCCUUCAAUUAAUGUUAAUCAGGGUCCAAAGCCAGGGAAACCAACUGAUCUUGCCAGAAUGCGCCAAAUGAUUUUGAAGCUUAAACAGAACCCUCCAUCUCAUAUGAUGCCACCCAAAGAAGAAAAAGAUGCAAAAGAAAGCAAAGUUGGCAAAGAUAGCAAAGAUGCGAAGGAGGGGAAGGAUGAUAAUAAGGGUGGGAAAACCUCAACACCAACUGCAGCUGCCGGUGCUGUAGGAAAUAAACCUGCUUCCCCUGCAAAAGAUGCUGCUGGUAAUGGUGAACCACAGGUUCCAGCUAUAGUUGAGGGUGAGCAAGUGGCUAGUUCCGAGCCAGCAACUGGUCAGUAA